CUCCAGAGGGUCGACGGUGCUGGCGUUGGUGGACCAGUUGUACGUCGGUGACUCGGACGAGACGGCGUCAGACGACCGUUCGUGGAGCUCGUGCAGCAGCAGUAGAUGCAGGGACAUGACUGAGAUGGAGCUGCGCAGCACGUCCUAGUCUGUGGAGAGAUUGGAGCAAGAGGACAGGCGGCCCGGUAGACUACUCACCAAAGGCCAAUCCGGGAGAUCUUCGGAGCUUGCUUGCGCUGUCCAGAUCAGAGUGUCUUUUCGAGGGCGUGUCGCAUGUUUAUAACUCCAAUUAACGCGCUCCCGGGAAUUGGCUAUGCCGCUGGUGAAGCUUCACUACAGCGUGGAGGGGGAUACGACCGUCAUAGCCACCCUCAGUGCAAACAUCGGCAAGUUGGAGUUCAUUUUGAGGGGGCUACCGGGACAACCAGACGGGUUCAAAGUUCUAAGAGUGGAGAGAACAGAUGGCAGUGAGAUUACUGAUCUGGACUCAAAACCACCAGAAACAGUUUAUGUAGUGGGGGUGAUGGAGAAGGAAAACUAACAGACUCUCCAUCCCAUCGCCACAUUGUAGUUCAUGAUGCCAAUACAUUAUUGUAUAAUGUAAACAGAAAUAUAAACAACUUCCGUUCGUUAGUUCAUGCACAUAGAAAUACCAACGAUUGUACAAGAGUUCCAGAGAGGGAUUCUGGAAGCAGUUCAGCGUCUCCUCCGUGGUGAGCGAGAACGACUUCGAGAUCUACAGCAAUGCGUUGAAAGAAGUAGUAUGUUGUCAUUACAGUGGAACCUCUGAACAAGGGACAGUGUGGGGCCAACAAUUUUGUCCCUUGCAGAGG